UGACGUAGAGCUGAACCCGGAAGUGAGGGCUGAAUACUCGUGCAGCUUUUCUCUCUCUGGUGGCGAUGCUAAACCAGAGACCAGUCUGUCCGCCCCACCUGGGAUGGAUUUUGAAGAAGCACUUAAAGUUGUCGGAGAGUUUGGACCCUACCAGAAGCGGGCAGUGGCUAUCCUUCUUCUGACUCAGGUGUAUAUGGCCUCUCAGUCCAUGCUCAUUGUCUUGGUCGGAUCCACGCCACAGUACCGCGUUGAGCAGCAGGACGAGACCUCCUCCAGUCAGCCGGAGCUCAUCCAGCGCAUCACUUUCACAGAGGACAUUGACUCUAUAGUGACUGAGUGGUUUCUCAUCAAGCAGCAGGCCUACAAGGUCAGUCUAGCUGGAUCGCUGUUCUUCGUCGGGCUUCUGGUAGGGAACAUCUUCUUUGGGCCGCUCUCAGACAAGAUCGGAAGAAGACCUGUGUACUUGUCAGGUCUGUUUUUUGAGGUGAUCUUUGGUUAUUUGACCGCCUUCGCACCCAGCUAUGAAGUCUUUGCUGUGUCCCGUCUCCUGGUGGGGCUGAUGAAUGGCGGCAUCGGCCUGGUGUGCUUCGUUCUCACUCAGGAGUAUGUGGGCAAGUCAUACUGGGCCAUGACUGGGACGUUGGCCAGCAUGUCUUUUGCCAUCGGCAUCGCUCUGUUUGGAGCUCUGGGGUACUUCAUCCAGCCAUGGAGGAGCUUGGCCACAGCAGCCAACUCAUUCGGCGUCCUGUUCUUUAUGCUGACUUUACCGCUCCCAGAGUCUCCUCGUUGGCUGUACUGUCAGGGUCAGACCCAGCAAGCAGAAGAGGUUCUGCGCUACAUGGCGCAACAAAAUGGCAAAGCUGUCCCUAACCUGAUGCUACAACGUGUCGCCACCACUACACCUGGUAAACAUGACAACAGGGGCACCGGCAUCAUGCAGCUGGUCAUUCAUCCUGUCCUCCGCAUGAGGACCAUUGUGCUCAUGUAUGUCUGGUAUGCGUGCAGUCUGGUGUACUACGGUCUGACUAUGGGAGCCAGUGAGACAUCUGGUAGCCGGUAUAUGAAUGUAGCCAUGUACGGCCUGGUGGAGCUGCCCGCCUACCCCCUCUGCAUAUACUUCAUCAACAAACACUGGGCAGGGAGGAGGAAAAGCAUGGCCAGUUUCCUGUGUCUGGCCGGCUCUGCCUGCCUCUGCACCAUGUUCAUCCCUGAAAGUGCAGCGCUGAGCGUGACAAUGUUGGCUCUGUUGGGAAAGCUGAUGGUCAGUGCAGCUUUCAACAUUGCCUACGUCUACACCUCUGAACUCUACCCGACAGUAAUCAGAAACGCAGGAUUGGGCGUGUGCUCUAUGUCGUGCAGGGUCGGGGGGAUCCUUGCACCGUUUGUUCCCUCCAUGAGGGCUUUCCACACCUCCAUGCCCUUCACUGUGUUCUGUCUGAGCGGUCUGUCAGCAGGCUGCCUGGGCCUUCUGCUGCCUGAGACCCUGAACACACCUGCAGCAGAGACGCUGGAGGAGCUCAGCAACCCGACAUACAGCCGGGUGCUGGAGAGCAAGGCUCUUUUGUGCGAGGAUGAAAAAUGAAGCCAACUCGUACACAUGUGCAUCUCAUUCCUAUUGGAACUGCUGCCUCAAACUGGUGAACUGUACCUUUAAUUCAGCAGUGGGUCCAAUCAACAUCCCUUUUCCAAGGGGGGGAGGGCUGUGACGGGGACCAACGCUCUUUCUGUGAAUACAAGGAAGGGCGUGUCUGACUUGACUGUUUCUCUCGUGUUUAGUUUUACAGAGAAGAAAAACAGCUGAUCUGCUGCCUUUUUUAAAACACAUUUCUGAAUACAGUGCUUGCGCCUUUGUGUGGAGACAGAGAGCACAGAUACAACAGGACAGAUUCAUGCCUUACAUUCCAGAGAGACUGUGUAGUCUAACAAUGAAGUUUGCUGCUGGCCAAAGUGCUAUGAAAUCAUUUGACUACGACUCCAGAGCGUCCCACAUGGAGACAGAAAGGUAGCAUAUACAUCACACAUUUACUGACAAGUGUCCAAAAGCAAUCAAUCAGGCAUUAUAGGCAAUAGGUAUUUAAUAAAUGUUCUUAAUAGUGGGGGCCGUACCCCUGAAUCAACCAUUGGAAUCAUCCGUUCAGAAGCAGACACAGUGAGAUGUAGCUUAGCAGGCUGUGAACUUUACUAAACAAGCCACUAAAUUACCCUUCAGUAUUGGAGGAUCACUCUUUUCUUGCAAGAUGCCAAAUCAUGUGUAAUGUCUCCUCCUCCCAAACAAGCAGACCUGGUGAUUAAAACCAGAACUCACGUUUACAAAGUGGUUUAACUACAAACCUCAGGGUUUUUCUGACAUGUUUGGAGGUGUGAGAUGAGCUGCCACUUCCUGCGUUUAUAAGCCGACUCAAAAACCUCACUUGUUGAAUUUUUUUUAAUGAGUGUGAUGACUUCAGACACACAUAAAACACUUGCCUGCAAACGUCUCUAUGUCAAGCCAACAGUGGGAGUGUACUCUACAGAUGAAACCUGAGACGCGUGAAGGCUGAGGUUUUGUGUGUCUGGCUUUGGUUUGUUUGUGUUACACUUUAAAGGUCAAUGCUCAAAGAGGUGACACAAACUACACAUACCUUAAUCUGCUGAUACAUUUGACAUGAUGUGGUGAAGGAGUUUAAACUCUGAGUCAUUUGUGAGGACAUUUGUUUGUUCUUGCAGUGAAACGUAAUCGUGCAGCAUGAAGAGUCCGUCCUGCACGUUUUCUCUUUCAUUUAAAGAAAGACGGUUUCACAGACUGAUUCCCUCAUGUUUUCUUUUUCAGUUUGAUUAAUGAACAGCUUCAGAACUGAAAGAGCAGAGUUCACUUUUCCUGAACGGUUCAUUGACAGAAAAAAGGAAACUUUCCCGUCAUGGGACCUUUGAGGCAGAGACAGAAUUUUCAGGGAGUGGUGGGUUAAAACUCAUGAAGAUGUUUAUGUCAAGCCAACAUAUUAGUGUAAGAUUGUCUAGAGACAAGUUGUUUACAAAGUAGAACUUUUGACACAGCUUUUACAGAUCAAUACUGUAAAAUCCUGAAGACCCCUAGCACCCUUAAACUCCGGCAUGCCUCUCAAAGAGGUUGAAACAGUGGACAAAAGCUUUACAUGUCCAAGCUGAUCAAAAACCCCAGCACUUGGAACUCUAAUUUAGAUAAAAAUUAACUCGACAAUAAACAUCACAAAUUAGCUGGAUAAAUAACAACAAAAGAAUGUAAAAUAUAUAUUUUUAAAAAUCUUUUAAGCUUCAUUUGAGUUAAAAUCUUGCAGCUAGAGUGUCCGCCAGGAAAUAACUACUCUACUGUGAAGCAAAUCUGGACAUAUUUGUAGCUUCUGGGUCACAUUUGGUAAAUACAAUCCUUGCAUUUCAUCUCAGCCUGUGGGAUGUAUGCUUCAUUAUCAUUGAUUCACAUCAUGUUUUUUUGUUCAUAACUAAAAUUCAGUGCAGAUGGAUGAAAUGACAACUCCAUCUUCACUUCAAAUCAUACAUUUAUAUAAUUGUGUACCAUACAGCAAAAGGUGCUGAUAAAAGUUUUUUGUAUAUUUGUUUAUACUCUGUAAGAAAACACUGCCUCCUGUGCCUUCAGCUAUUAAGUAAAGAUUUUUUCACAUAUAUUGUAAGAUAUAAUUGAGAUGUAAUUUCAAAUAUGAAAAAAUAUCAUUAAAAAAUGUGGCCUGAGAUGUCUUCAAUGCCUUCAUUUUGUACUGUGUCUACAAUCUUACAACAACAGUAGGGAUCAUGUAAGCUACACUGCAUGUACAUGGGUAUGGUUCUUAAAAUGUUCAAUGGUCUGUUUAUGUGAGGAGCAGUAAAAUUUUCAGAACACCAUGAA